AUGGAAAUGUUUUAUGGUGCUAUGCAGUACAGGGAGCCUGGAGUUCUAUUAUGGAGAGGAUUUACCCUUCAAGAAUUCGCAAACCAGUGCUUUGGAAACAAAUUUGAUAAUGGAAAAGGCAGGCAGAUGCCUAUACAUUAUGGGUCAACCAAACACAAUUACUUUACUGUUGCAUCGACAGUUGGUACACAAAUUCCUCAUGCUGUUGGCGCUGCGUAUGCCCUAAAGAUGGAGGAGAGAGAUGCAUGCACAGUCACUUAUUUUGGGGAUGGUGGCACUAGUACGUACAGGGAGCCUGGAGUUCUAUUAUGGAGAGGAUUUACCCUUCAAGAAUUCGCAAACCAGUGCUUUGGAAACAAAUUUGAUAAUGGAAAAGGCAGGCAGAUGCCUAUACAUUAUGGGUCAACCAAACACAAUUACUUUACUGUUGCAUCGACAGUUGGUACACAAAUUCCUCAUGCUGUUGGCGCUGCGUAUGCCCUAAAGAUGGAGGAGAGAGAUGCAUGCACAGUCACUUAUUUUGGGGAUGGUGGCACUAGUACGGGAGAUUUCCAUGCUGCUCUGAACUUUGCAGCGGUUAUGGAGGUCCCAGUUAUUUUUAUUUGCCGGAACAAUGGAUGGGCCAUCAGUACCCCAUCUGCAGACCAGUUUCGAAGUGAUGGUAUUGUUGUUAGAGGACAGGCCUACGGCGUUCGUAGCAUUCGUGUAGAUGGUAAUGAUGCUCUUGCUAUGUAUAAUGCUGUUAAUGAGGCACGUACAAUGGCUAUUGGUGAACAAAAACCCAUUUUAAUUGAGGCCCUCACGUACAGAGCAGGGCACCACUCUACAUCUGAUGACUCCACCAAAUAUCGUCCAGGUGAUGAGAUUGAAUGGUGGAGAAUGGCACAAGACCCUGUAACAAGGUUUAGGAAAUGGAUUGAAAUGAAAGGUUGGUGGAGUGCUGAGGCCGAGUCAGAAUUUCGAAGCAGUGUUCGGAAGCAGGUAUUAAAUGCCAUUCAAGUGGCAGAGAAGGUUGAGAAACCCCCCAUAAAGGAAUUAUUCACAGAUGUGUAUGACUUUCCCCCACCCAACCUUUGUGAGCAAGAGGCAUCACUCAGAGAGGCCAUCAGAAGACAUCCACAGGACUAUCCCCCUGAUUUUCUUAUGUAGAUUAUUUUUUUUUAAUGUAUCACUAUUAUAUUGGUUUGGUAAAAAAAUGUUCAUCCCUAAUCUUGAGAUGGUUAAUUUUUACAGUUUUAAUAAUGCAAAAGGAUGAUUUGUCUGUAGCUCUAUCAAAAAGUAUUGGCUUCUCAAAAUGUCAUAUGGAUUUAGCACUCCCAUUCCUG